AUGAGCUCGGAGACGACUCCGCUGCGCCUGCGGUCCACGUCGCUGCAGUACAACCUGCGCAUCUGGCGGCGGGAGGAGGCGCGCAAGCGAGACAUCAAGCGCGGCGGCGUCUUCAUCCUCGCGCUAUGCGCCGUCAGCCUCAUGGUCAUGUUCGUCGCUGAGCCGCUCGUGGAGGACGGAGACAGCAACGAUGCGGAGCCUCAGGUACAGACGCACGCGGCUACGGAGGGCGUCCCGGUAAACAUGACGACGGCAGACAGCGAGGUCUUCUGCGGACUCACGACGCAGGACUCGGGCUACAUCAAGCUGCCCAACAAGGUCGACGACCACUACUUUUACUGGUACUUCGAGUCCCGCGGCCAGCCCAACACCGACCCGCUCGUGCUCUGGCUCACGGGUGGCCCCGGGUGCUCCAGCAUGAUGGCGCUGCUCACGGAGAACGGGCCAUGUCACGUGCUGCCGGACCUCUCCACUCGGCUCAACCCGUACUCGUGGACCAACCAGAGCAACGUGGUGUGGCUGGACCAGCCCACGACCGUGGGGUUCACGUACGGCGACAAGCGCGACGCUGACAACGGCGAGGACAAUGUGGGCGAGAACAUCUACUAUUUCCUUCAGGGUUUCUUCGAGAAGCACCCGGAGUUGGCCGGCCGCGACUUUUACAUCACGGGCGAGAGCUACGGUGGCCACUACGUGCCUGUGGCGGCGCACUACGUAUGGCAGAAGAACAAGGUGAACGCUGGUACUCCAAAGUUUAUCAACCUGAAGGGCAUUGCCAUCGGUAAUGGCCUCACGAACGCUGCUAUUCAGAUGCCACAUUACAUCGACAUGGCAAUUCACAACGCGUACAACAUUUCUCUCGUGGACGUGGCGCAACUGGACGAGAUGAAGGCGGCUGUACCGGAGUGUAUCUCUAUCCUGGAGCAGUGUCCACAGAAUGCGACGGCGUGUGUCGAUGGAGAGAACUUCUGCAUGGAGAAGCUAUUCAGUCCGAUGCUGAAGGCUGGUCGUAACCCGUACGAUAUCCGUCUGCCGUGCAAGAAUGACGGCGACGACACUGAAUGCUAUGACAUGUCGUACGUCUCUAAGUACUUGGACGCACCAAACGUGCGUGAGGCUCUCGGUGUCGACUCGAAGCGCGUGGGCGCCUGGCAAGAGUGCAACUCGCAGGUAUAUGCGGCAUUUGACAAGGCAGGCGACGUGGUUAAGCCCUUCAACUCGUACGUGGCUGAUCUGUUGGACGACGACCUGCGAGUGCUGAUCUACGCUGGAGACGCCGAUCUCGUGUGCAACUGGUACGGCAACGAAGCUUGGACGCGCGCGCUGCAGUGGAAGGGCAGGGACGGGUUCAACAACGCACCGGAGACUGCCUUUGUCACGUCGAACGGCAAGAACGGAGGUGUGGCGCGGUCGUUCAACAACCAGUUCACGUUCCUACGCGUGUUCAACUCGGGCCACAUGGUGCCACAGGACCAGCCAGCGGUGGCACUGGACAUGCUCAACAAGUUCAUCAACAACGAAGCCUUCUAA